UAUGCAUGUGAAUGCUCAAUAAUUUCUCAUGCAACCAGAGUGGGGUCCUUUAACUCAUUAGCCAGCCCUUUCCCUUUUGUUCUCACGCCAGCCUCCAACUCUUCAAAGAUUCUCAAACCCCUCCCCCUUCUCCCUCUCUAGAAUCCAUGUCUCUCCUCCUCCUUUUCUUUCUCUUUUCAUUCAUUUUAUAUGCACCUCCGACCACCUACGCAACUAUUGCCACCACCGGUGUUGUUCAUGGCUAUGGCGAUAAGCAAGUUUUUGAUUUGAAGAAAUUCAGGUGGACACGGCAACAAACUGACACACUCAAUUGCUUCCAUCAAAGAUCACGAACAGAAAAGAGUGCAACUAUAUUAGAACUGCAUCAUAGGGAUUUCUGUUCUAAACCCAUAUCAGAUUGGAACCAAAUCCUCCAAAAACACAUACUUUCCGAUCAAAUCCGAGUCAAUUCCCUCCAAUCACGAAUCAAAACCGCGCUUUCCAACAGUUUCAAUCAACAACUUUCACAAGCUGAAAUCCCACUCACUUCUGGAGCCAAACUCGAGACCCUAAACUACAUCGUGACCGUUGGAUUAGGUGGCAGAAACCUAACCGUAAUCGUGGAUACCGGGAGUGACCUAACAUGGGUCCAAUGUCAACCUUGCGGUUCAUGUUACAAUCAACAAGAACCACUUUUCAACCCCUCGGAAUCUUUAUCAUAUAAAUCGGUCUUAUGCAAGUCAACAACUUGUGAAAAUCUCGAAGACGCCACCGGUAGUUCAGGCGUCUGUGGGGUUAACUCGUCAUCGUGUAACUACUAUCUUAGCUAUGGAGAUGGAUCGUAUACACGUGGCGAUUUAGCUACUGACAACCUCGUACUUGGUACGACACCAGUCAAAGGUUUCGUGUUCGGUUGUGGACGGGUUAAUGACGGCUUGUUCGGGGGAGUUUCCGGACUUAUGGGGCUCGGAAGAAGUGCUCUUUCUGUAAUUUCUCAAUCUUACGAUGUUUUUGGAGGGAUUUUCUCGUAUUGUUUACCUUCGGUGACGGAUUCGGGUCCCGGUUCAUUGAUUUUAGGAGGUGAGACUUCGGUUUACAAAAACUCGAGUCCUAUUUCGUAUACUAACCUCAUAUCCAACCCAAUGAUGUCCACCUUUUACUUUCUUAACCUAACCGGAGUUAGCAUCGGGGGGGUAUUGUUACAAGAUCCGAGUUUCGGUAAACGGGAUAUUCUAAUCGACUCGGGAACGGUAAUCACACGGCUAUUUCCUUCUGUUUACAACGUUGUUAAGUCCGAAUUCUUAAAACAAUUUUCGGGUUUUCCUAAAGCUCCAGCCUUUUCAAUCUUGGAUACUUGUUUUGACUUAUCUGGCUAUGAAGAAGUGGACAUACCCACAAUUAAAUUGCAUUUUGGGAAGGAAGCUGAGCUUGAGGUGGAUGUAACUGGGGUUUUAUAUUUUGUAAAGGCUGAUGCGACUCAAGUGUGUUUAGCUAUUGCGGGGCUUUCGGAUGAAGAUGAAAUUGGUAUUAUUGGGAAUUAUCAGCAGAAAAAUACAAGGGUUGUGUACAAUACGAAGGUGUCUACGCUUGGAUUUGCUAAAGAAAAGUGCAGUUCGGAUUGAAAACUCAAAAGGGACAUGAUUCAUGAUUCGUGAUUGUUGUGAAUAUUAUAUCAUUCAAAGAAUAUAUUGUUGCAAUUUUAUGGUUUUUGAGUGUUUUGUUUAGAUAAUACGAAUCUUCUGACUCCAAGGAGGGGUAUAUUUAAUAUGUUCUAUGUUUACC